CGGGCCCGUGGUCGAGAUGCGGGGUGACGACAUGGCGCGCGUCGUCUCGGACCUGAUCCGGGAGAGGCUUAUCGAGCCGUACGUGGACGCCGACCUGAGGUCUUUCGAUCUGUCAAUCGAACAUCGCAACCAGACCAAUGACACGGUCACCCUGGAUGCCGCCCAGGCGCUCAAGGUACACAACGUGCGCGGCGUCAAGUGCGCCACCCUCACGGCCGAGAAAGACGUUCUCGAGAAGUACCACUUCAAGCGCACGUGGAUGUCACCCAACGGCGUCAUUGGCAACGCCCUCGGUGGUGACGUGUUCCGGAAGCCCAUCGCCUGCCGCAACAUCCCUCCGCUCGUGAAGCAGUGGCGCAGGCCCAUCAUCAUCGCGCGCCACGCGUUCGGCGACCAGUACAAGGGCCAGGACUACGUGGCCCCCGGAUCAGGCACGCUCCAGAACAAGUACUCGCCUACCAUGGGAGCUCCCUACAACAAUCACGCUUUUUCCCUGCCCGUGCGCGGAACUUUCCGGGCGGAGUUGGCAUGCAGCUCACCAAGGGGGAGUGCCUCGAGCUGCAAGCCAAGCCAAGAAAGAUUCUACCAGGAACAGGACUGGUCAGAACAGCCGAUUUCAGAUUCGCUCGCUUCGUUUAUUCAACACGAGCUGAGCAUCAUGCGAGCUACCGACGACGAUGCUGACACUCCGAAGAGCUCUUCGUGA